ACUAUGACUCCUGACGUCACAUAAAAAAUGGCGGACCUACAUGAGGCACGGCUGUCGAAAGACAACGAUAUAAAUGAAGUUACGUCCAAGGAGACAGGUGUUAGGACGAUACAAGAAUUGGAAUUAGACAAUACUGUUAGAGGCAUGACUUCGACUCCCUCAACUUCACGAUUUCAUGUGGCGAGGGUUGAUGAUGAAAAAGUUGAAGAGGACGAACUGCCGCCUGAUCCUGAACCAGCAACUGGAAAGCCGGCAAAACAAAUAGACUUUCAGUUCCCGGAUUCUCCAAAGUCUCCAAAAUCUCCGUAUGAUUCAGUUCAUUUCUUUGGUGGAACUGUGAGUCCGAAUGACACAUAUGGAUAUAAUAAUUCGUACGAAACGCACAUGAAAACGUUUGGAAAAAACACGGUGGAAGCUAUUCCCCAUGUGGAUCAUUACAGAAAUUUACUGUCAGCCACAGCAGCUCUGAAAUCAAGACCGACCCUUGCCGAACUCCACGAAGAAAAGGAGGAGGAAAAUAUACGAGCCAAACAGAGAGAGCCACUCUUAGCCUCAGAUGAGAAUUUAGCAGAUGAAAGUACUAACAAAGCUAACAGUGCUAUCAAAUUUGGAUGGAUCAAAGGAGUACUGGUGCGAUGUCUGCUGAAUAUAUGGGGAGUGAUGCUGUUUAUGCGCAUGUCCUGGGUGGUAGGACAAGCUGGCAUUGGUCUGUCCACCGUUAUCGUCCUCCUUGCAACAGUUGUCACAGUCAUUACCUCAAUAUCAAUGACAGCAAUCUGUACAAAUGGGGAGGUUAAGGGAGGGGGAGCCUAUUAUAUGAUAUCACGGAGUCUUGGUCCAGAGUUUGGUGGUGCUAUUGGUCUCAUAUUUUCUGUUGCAAAUGCUGUGGCAGUGGCUAUGUAUGUUGUCGGCUUCUCAGAGACAGUACGAGACAUACUCAAGGCUAAUGAUGCAUUGAUGGUAGAUGAAGUUAAUGACAUUCGCAUUAUUGGUGUCCUGACAGUCACGUUGCUAUUAGCAAUUGCCAUUAUAGGGAUGGAGUGGGAAGCCAGGGCUCAAGUCGUUCUCCUAGGUGCUUUAUUGAUAGCAAUAAUAAAUUUUGUCAUUGGAACCUUUAUUCCUCCAAGCGAUGAGAAAAUGCUGAAUGGAGUUGUUGGAUAUCAAGGGACUGUCUUUGUGGAUAAUUUUGGUCCCAAAUACACAGAGGGAGAGAACUUUUUUUCUGUAUUUGCUAUUUUUUUCCCUGCUGCAACAGGGAUUCUAGCAGGUGCAAACAUCUCAGGAGAUCUCAAAAAUGCACAAAGAGACAUUCCACAGGGGACGUUCCUCGCCAUCAUCAUCUCCUCCAUUACUUACAUAGUCUGCGCCUGGCUACUGGGAUCCUGCAUUCUGCGUGAGGCGUCAGGAUAUGUACCAGUGGCAGUCCUGGCAUCUAAUGCGACUCAGAAUAUGACUCUCGAAUUUGUGAGCGUUACGCAGGGUUUAGUCAACUCAACCAUCUUAAACCCUAAUGCCGGGGUCAGUAUAAUGAGUCUUGCACAGAACUGUAGCCUUGGGAAGGGUGGAGUCUGUACCCGGGGACUACUCUAUGACUUCCAGGCUAUGGAGCUGGUGUCGGGCUGGGGUCCUCUGCUCACAGUAGGGAUCUUUUCAGCCACCUUGUCCUCUGCCCUUGCUAGCUUAGUGUCUGCCCCCAAAGUCUUCCAAGCUGUCUGUAAAGAUAGAAUUUUCCCGAAGAUCCACGUGUUUGCCAAAGGUUAUGGUGCUAGUGAAAACCCUCGGAGAGCUUACAUCCUUGCAUACUUUAUUGGUGUUGCAUUUAUAUGUAUAGGUGAUCUGAAUGCAAUAGCUCCCAUUAUCUCCAACUUUUUCCUGAUGUCCUAUGCCCUCAUCAAUUACUCCUGUUUUGAUGCUUCGCUUGCCAAUUCACCUGGUUGGCGUCCAGCAUUCCGUUACUAUUCUAUGUGGUUGAGUUUACUUGGUGCCUUACUUUGUAUAGCUGUGAUGUUUAUCAUGAAUUGGUGGACAGCCCUCAUUACAUUUGUUAUCAUCUGUGCCCUUUUUGUAUAUGUCCAUUAUUCUAAACCAGAUGUGAACUGGGGAUCCUCCACUCAGGCUCAUGUUUAUAAGAAUGCUUUAAAUACAACGCUAAAGCUUGUCUCAGUAGAGGACCAUAUCAAAAACUUCAGACCUCAGGUGCUGGUAUUGACAGGUGUUCCCUGGGCCAGGCCGGGGCUGGUGGACUUUGUGUAUGGACUGACUCACAAGAUCAGUCUCAUGGUGUGUGGCAAUAUCAUUGUGGGUUCCCAGACAGAUAAUCUAAAGCAUCUCCGUCCCAAGGAGGCAUAUCAUUGGUUACAUAACAGAAGAGUCAAGGGAUUCUACAGUGUUACAACGGCUGAAAACUUCAGAACAGGAGCUCAGAGCCUCAUGCAGAAUGUUGGUGUUGGAAAACUAAAACCCAACAUUCUUCUCAUGGGGUUCAUGUCUCGAUGGAACAACCCGGAAGUGAACCAGGCUCUAGUAGAGGAGUACUUCCACGUAGUUCAUGAUGCCUUUGACUUGGAGUAUGGAGUAGGUAUUUUACGGCUGAGGGAAGGUUUAUAUUGUGAGACAGAUGCUAAAGAAAGCCUCAUUGAGGAUAACUCAGUACAUCACAAAGCAGAUCCAGACGAUCGACAUCCCAAAGUUAGGUUCAAAUUUACACGGAAGCAUGAAGAGGAAGAUAAACGACCUAGUUCUCCCAGCAGUCCUACCAUGCUUCGCAGAUCAAGCUCCUCCUCCGGGGACAGUGUUGCCGAUGACAACGGUAACAACGGGAUCAUGCAUAUAGAAAGGGAAAUAGGCCCGAGUGGAAUUAAACAGGAACAGGUCAGGAACCGUUUUGCCAAGAAACAGAAGAAGGGAACAAUCGAUGUCUGGUGGUUGUUUGACGAUGGCGGUUUGACGCUUUUGCUGCCCUACAUUUUGUCCACAAAACAGUACUGGCGUAACUGCCCACUGCGAGUGUUCGCUGCUGGGACAAAGAGGGGAGAGAUAGAUCGGGAACAGAGACAGAUGGCAACAUUGUUGAGUCGAUUCAGAAUCCAGUGUGAGAAGAUGACAAUUCUGUCUGAUAUUGGCAAAUCACCAUCAGAGGAAAGCAUGAAGAAUUUUGAGAAGUUAUUAGAGGGGUGGAUGCUAGAUGAAGAGAAGGGAGAAACAUCAGAGAAAUUUCCCUGGAAGAUCACGGAAGAACAGAAGCUGUUACUGAAAGAUAAGACCAAGAGAAAUAUCCGUCUGAGAGAACUUCUGUUACAGCAUUCAAAAGAUGCAGCAUUAAUUGUAAUGACCUUGCCUAUGCCAAGGAAGAGCACAUGUCCAGCUGGUCUAUUCAUGGCUUGGUUAGAAACCCUCACUAAAGACUUGCCUCCUAUAUUACUUCUGAGAGGGAACCAGUCAAGUGUACUCACAUUCUACUCAUAGUCUCCUAGUUCCCUGCCCAUGCUAAUAAUCACAGUGUAGAUGCUACAUGUAUGUGUAUGCUAUUAAAGGUGUGCAAAACAGUAUGGCUAAUGGAAGCAGAUUCCAUGUCUUAAUGAUGCUCAGGUCGUGUUUUUUUUUACAUUGAUUGUUGAAGUGAGAUUUUUAAAUGAUGGUCUAGGGUGAGUAAUUACGCUAAUGUUCACAAGUACAUGUGCAAUUAGUAAAGUGACCAAAGUAUUAUGGUGAAUGUUGUCAACUUGCUGGACUUGUUUUAAAAUUACACAGCUAACUGUGUAACAUCUCGAUUUAUUGACUUUAAAUCCUUAUUCAAGACUGAAUAUAAUUUUUCUCUCUCUUUACGUAUAACCAAUUAAAUUUUGUUGGAUUAUGAUAAGUUAAAACUUCUUGUUUUUUUUUUGGAAAAUUAAAAGUUUUAAUUUUUUUAUUUAAACAUCAAUGAUGAAAUAACACAGUCAAAUGUCAUUCACUUAAUUUAGAACUUUCAUCUAAUUUUUGUGUUUACUAGAAAUUUACUAAAUUUGUUGUAGCUGCUCCAAACAAAAUGGGACUAUAGUACAUGUAUAUAUCUCCUUAGGAUCUGAUUGCUUUUUAGAUCACACCUGAGUUACUCAGGUAACCUAUUGCUAUUGGUCUGUGUCUGUCAUUGUUCGUCGUGUAUUCAACAAUUUGAACAUUUUUAACUUGAUUUCUUUUCAAAUUUGGUAUGCAGCAUCCCUGGGACAAGGGGGAUUUAAAUUGUUUCAUUUUAAACUUCAGGAUUCCUUCAUCCACAGUCUAAGGAGUGGGACAAAAACUGCCAUAAAUUGACCAAUUAUCAGAAAUAAUCUUCUCUACAAUCACACAUGUGUAAGAAAACAAAUUGGGUAGUCAUGCAGAGUAGGAAGGUUCUACCAAAAUUGUCAAUUUUAAGGUUUGGGUCCUGACUCCAGGAUUAACCAUUUUUUUGAAGAAUUUAUCAAUGUGUAAACUCUGGACAUUUUACUCACAAACUAAAUAAAAGUGCAAAGCACUUUUGUGUGAAGUUUGUGAGUAAAAUGUCCUGAGUUUACACAUCGAUAAAUUCUUCAAAAAGAAUGUUUGAUUCUUAUAAUUCCAAUUAGUUCCCUGUAUUAUCAAUUUAAAAAAAUUAAAUAGUUUCCCCGCACUAUGUUAUUUGUUUUCAGGCGCGUAUGUAUACAUAGCGUUUUUAGAUUUAUUAAUGUGUAAAUUCUCAUUUAGUGUUAUUUUUGUCCAAUCAAAACAAUUGUAAUAAAUAACAUCGGAAUUAUUAUGUAUAAUGCUUAUGUGUAAAACAUUAAAAUAACAUCUCCUUUAAUGCUAUUUAUGCUAAAUUGAAACCAAAUGGAUAUUAAGAAGGGGCAGGUAGCCCUUUAAUUUACCUUAAUUGUAAAUUGCAUGAUGUCACAGGAUAAGGAGCUUUGGUACCAGGAUGAUGCCAAAUUGGUCAGUUAUUAGAUGUUUAUCAUUUGAAAGACUUCUUUUAAUUUUAAUGAUACUAUAUGAAUAGUAAAUGCAUAUUAAGGAAAAGCAGAAAGGGGUGUGCCAAAAUUGUGAAUUGUGCAAUCCCAGGGUUCUGACUGUAGGACAGGUCCAAAACAGUGAUAUAAUAUUAAUGUAGCAUAUAUAUAUAUAUAUAUGUGUGUGUGUGUGUGUGUGUACUGUCCUUCAUCAAUAUGGGCACUUUUGGGGGCAUUUAGGUAUGUUUUAAGAACAUAUCUUGUUUUAUACUUAUGCUGAAUAUUAGAUUUUAGCUUAGAUAUGCAGAACAAGAAGAUCUUAGCCCUUAAGGCUUGUGAUACUUCUAGCUAAUACUCAGGUGACUGUUUAGGCUUGUAGGCUUGUUCUUUGCAAAAAUUGAUACUAUUACUCUCUUGUCAGAUUUCGUGUUGCAUCCAACUGACAACUGAGUUUUGUGUUUCCAUGUAUUUGAAGUAGUUAAUUCACAUGUAUAAACUGCUCAAUGUCCUGUAUGGUAAUUGUACCCUGAUACUUUAGUCACUACACCCUCAACUUUGCAUGGCCAGCAGAAGGUUGUGAUAAAAUUCUCAUGUAACAUUUUGUAUUAUAUUCAUCAAGUCAUCUAUUCACUGUGUUCAGGUGAAGCAUGUUAGAAAUUAAGUGAAGUGGUUCAUCACAACAAGUAGAUGGAAAUGGUCAAACUAUUUCACACGAAAUCAGACUUUUAAAGGACUAGGUUCAUUAAUGGUCUUAUUUGGCCUUAAUUGUGAUGAUUGUAGGUUAUGGCAAUUUAGAACAACUACAUAAAUGACCCAAUUGUAGGUAUGAUUUUGUUGUUAAAUGGUUUAGAUAAACAAAUCUGAUACAGAUAUUAAAAGACAGUCACUGUAUUUUUCUAGCCUUUUUCAAUUUGGGGUCAGAAAAUGUUUGCGCCAUGUGUUAACUACAUUGAAAUUGAGAUAUGUGGAAUUUUAUAUUAUUUUUAUGUUGUAAGUAUAGGUGACUCGAGAUGGUUUGAACUUCAAUCUCUUGAAGUUGUAAUCUCCCAGUCCAGAUUUGAUUGCCUAUAUAAAUAAGGAAAUUUACUUUCGUUUUUUUUUUUUUUAACUUUCAAUCUUUUGAGAAUCUUGAUCUUUCAAAGUAAAAAUUUAGAUCGGUUAAAAUUUACUUUUAAAACCUAAGUUUAUACAUGUACAAGUCGCUCCUUACCAAAAUAGCAAAUAAUGGAAUGGACCUUACCCAUAAGGUCAUCAUUAACAUUUAAGAAAACAAGGAUUGACCACUUGGUAAUUAGCCUCACCGCACCACUAGAUAUCCCAGUCUGUGGGUUAGUUGGUCUGUUCAAUAAUCAGCUACAAUUAUCAAUUAACCUUAUAAAGUUUUGAAGGCAAACAAUGAUUGAGAAACAACCUUAACUUUUUUGCUGCAACAAAGAAUGAAUGAAUGUUUAGUUUCUUUAUUCAUAAUCAGAUGAAGCAAAGAUUUAAAAUCAGAAGUGUUUAUUCCUGGGAAAACAAAAUUAUAAAUGUUACCAACCAUACCUGUUAUAUCCGGUUAGUGUAAAAGUUCAAAAUGGACUCUGGUCUCAUGGACUUCCUAGUUUUCUUAAGUCACUUGAAGGUGAAAUGUUUUGGUGCAUGCAUGGAAGCAAUGAUUUUUAGGGUAAGACAUACUGUCUUCAAAUAUAAAGGGAAGUAAAAAAUUGCUUCUUUUUUUCUUUCUUUUUUUUUGUUAUCUCGUAUUCCAAAAAUGGAAAUUGGUCUGAUGGGGUAGGGGGAUUUUAAUUCUAACUUAUGAUAUUUAACAUGGAAAUCACCUAAUUUUGCAGAAAUCAAAGAAUGUACUUUUAAAACAAGGACCAGAAAUCAAUGUUAUUGCACCUAGUUUUUUGAGAUGUAUGGAAUUUUAGGAAAAGAUAAAAAGAAAUUGAAAUGAUGGAAGAAAUAAAUAAAGGAAUCUGAAAUGUUCUGGAUAAUUUUUAUCCAUUGUUUAUUGUAUACUAAGGACUUUUAUAAAUAUAAUUAAAUCUUAAUUUGAAAUGCUGAAAGUUUGAUAUUGCCAUGAGAUAAACAUGUUGUGGUGAACCACACUGUAAAAGAGGUCUUGCAUGACUUCUCUAACAUGCUAAAGAGUCUGUAGAGUUACAAAUUAUUUUUUAAUAGACAUCACUAUACUGUUAAUUUGUUGACAAAUAUGUCUCAAUUUUAUUGAAUUUAAACUUGUUGAGAACUACAUUUCUAUGAAGAAUUUCAGGAUAAUUUUCUUGUUUCUGCAUACAGACAUACAUGUAUUCUUUGUUGAAUAAUUUUUGGGAUUGUUAUAGUUUUAUAUUUUUAAUGAUUAAUUUUGUACAAGUUGUCACAAUUGUCUCACAGUGUGUGAAAUUUAACCGUGCAAUUUAUUGAUAUUGUUUUGCCUAGUGAUGUGGCAUUGCUGAUAUUUAUACAAACAUUUGAAUCUCAUGCUGAUGUCUGCUAAUGCAAAACAAAAGCAGCUAUGCCAAAAGUUUUAUUCCAGGGAAAAUUUAUUCUAACAGCAAUACUUAAAUAUGACACAAUAAUUUGAUAUAUCAAUUGAAAUCUGUCUUAAGUGAAAUUUGAAAUAAAUGUCUAAUUGUAUGUGCUGGGGUAGUUUUAUGCUGGAUUUACUUUGAUUCAGAGAGGCGAUAACACAAGCUUUGUAAUCUCUGGCAUUAUAAUGUAGGGCAUUGAGAGGACACAUUUCAUUGUACAUGUAAUCGACAGAGGAUGCUUACUCCUCCUAGGCACCUGAUCUGCAGAACCAUAUUGAAAACUAGCGUUAUCACUAAAUAUGUAAUCCUGGAUAAAUAAAGGCUUUAUUAUUAUUAUAUCCCACCUCUGGUAUAUCCAGGGGCCCAUGUUUGCCCAACUCUAUUUUGUAUUGCUUAUAGGAGUUAUGAGAUUGAUCACUGUUUGUUAUCUUCACCAUUCAUGUAGUUCUUUAAAUCUUCCCAGAAGUUAACCAAUCAUCUAAGUUAAAAAUGUUGCAUUAUAACUUGAAGCAGAGAUACGUCUAACAUUUGUCUUUCUCUGUUCAGCACAUUCCUGGUAGCAAAAUAUAAAAUUGAUUAAUUUGUUACUUGCCUAUUUUUCAUACAUUAAUGUCACAUGUACUACGUAUUAUAGGAUCAGAUAAUAAUAUUUUUAUGGUCUGACUGAGAAAAUGUUGUUGAAAUAAAUAUGGAGGGAAAAACUUGUGGAUUUUAGACUAAAAUAAGUACACAUUGCCAAGGAAUGUGUGGAAUUUACCCUUAAAAUACACAUUGAAAAAUAAGUACAUGUAUGUGAAAGUUACUCUAAAAUUGGUACACAUUGGAAAAAUAUGUGCAAAAUCUACUCUAGGGUAUUGGAAAGAAUGGUACAGUUUUACUAGGUGUAAAUACAUGUUUAUUCUUACCAUGGUAAUGGUGUAAAUAACUGUAACAUGUAUGUUUACUUACUUAUUUUCAUUGUGUUCUUAGGUGAGACAUUAAGCCUUUUAGUGGGUAAUACAUGUACAUUGUAGCAUACAGAAAUACCCUAAAGAUUGCUUUAUUCUCUCAAUAAGGAAAAAGUAAAUUCAUGUAUUUUUUAUUUGAAGGUAGAAAGUUGAACCAUAUUGUAAAUCAAACCAAAGAAAAUCUUACCAGAGUGGCAGUUCUUUAUAUUGUGUAACAUUAAAUAAGUAUUUUUAAAAAAUGUGUAAAUUGAUGUUUAUCUAAUAUUGAGUCUAGAUGACAUGCUGUUUGUGAACAAUAUUUUGGGAAUCGGUUUUCCAUUUGCAAGUAUGGUUUACAAAAUUAUAAACUAGUGUAACUCCUUUAGAACCCAAAUUUUUAUGAUAUGGGAUAAAUGUUUUGUACAUUUUGUGGCAUUCAAAUAUUUCUUAUAUUGAUAACAAACUUGUUUCUGACACCAAGAAAAAUUUUUCUAUGAUAUAUUAUUGAGUCUUUAAAUUUUCUAUUAUCCAGAUUUAUGUCAGUAAGUAAAACAUGGUCAUAAUGAAACUAUGAGACCUGCGGAAAACAGUUUGUUAUAACCAAACUUCGUUAUAUCCAAUAUGAUUUUUGUUAUUUUUCUCUCAUAGGGGAAUAAAUAUCAUUUUGCAUUAAGCCUGAAUUCGUUAUAAGCUGUUUGUUAUAAGUGUGUUUUACUGGACAUGAAUGUCUGAAGAAAAACAUGAAUAGGCUUUUCUUGUGCAACUGUUUGCAGGUUAUGGGAAAAUGUGUGCGUUUGUGUGUUGGUAUAGUUCAGUAUGAAAUAUAAAAUUCAUAUACACAAAGCCAAAAAAUUAUACUUUUACAUGAUGAUAUGUUUCAAUUUUUAGUUAAUGCUAAUAUGUCAACACCAAAAAAUUGGGGUUUUUUAUGUAGAUCAUUUCAAUUUUUUUUCUUUCUUUCUUUCUUGUUUGUUUUUUUUUUUUAAAUUUGUUUUUUUGUAAUUAAAGUCAGUUUUAGGGACUCCAAAUACACUGACCCAUUUUUUUCCAGGGGAGGGGGGGGGAGGGCAAUGAAUUAAUACAACUAAGCUAAAAAAAAUAGAGUAUCAAUGCUAGUAUAUAUAAAAAUCUUUAAAAAUUCUGAUUUUUCAAUGCAGAAGAUAAAAGAAAUGUAAAAGUCUCCACUCACUAUCAUAAGCUAGAUAUUCUAUCAUAUAGUGUCUGGUUAGUUACACCUCCGGACUACCAGUGUGUUUACUCAAUAGGCAUUUAAAAACAAACACUUUAAAGCAUGAAAGAGAGGCAGAUCACUCCUUGCCAUAAACUCUUCUGUAUUUACGAUGUGCAGUGUAUUGGGAGUUCUUAAGCAUGUGUUUUUAUUUUUACGUUAUUUUGAAUUGCAAUACAAUGAUGUACAAUUUUUAGUCAUUAUAACUCGAAUGAGCUUCUCUGAACAAAGUUAGUCUGUUGUCCUUUGGUCAUCAGUAAAUUUUUCACAUUCUCGACUUAUUAAACUUUGCACAAAUCAUCCUAAGGUAAAGAGGAUACAUUUAUUUUGAAAGACCAUGCCAUUUACAACCAAAGGGAGAUAAUUAAGGAUUAGGGUGGGAUGUGUAAAGAUUCCUCUACUUGAGAACCACUUGACCAGAAAAGCCAGAUUCAAGAUAUGAUCCACUGGAUGGGCCAGUUUUUAAUUCAUUGGAAAAUUCUUUUAAAAAUCUCAGCCAACCUCAAAAGUACAAUGUAUGCAACCAUACAAUAUCCACGGAAAAGUACAGCCUUGUGAUUAGGAAACAAUCUGUUUAGGGUUAGCAAGUGCGCGUGGUUGUAAUUUUACACAGACGUGAAAACGUUACAUUUUGUAUGUCUGCAGUUAAUAUGAUGUUUUGAUUUGAAGUUGGGUUAAAUAUGAACUUUGAUAACUGCAAUACUCAGUCAAAUUUACUUUUACUGGAAAUUGAAGCAUAACGCUUGUCAAAACAUGAUAUUCUUCCAUUGCAUUUUUAAAGAUUAUUGACAUAAAAAAAAACUACAAUUAUGUACAUUUAAAAACUGAAAAUAAUAACUGAAUAUCCAUAUUGAAUAAUUUGUUAGGAGUAAUCUUUGAAACAAAUAAAUUAUAUGUGGUACACAUUAAAAUGUUGAUUUACUUUUAAAACCUUACAAGACUAUUACGAUGGUAUGUAAAAUAUAAACGGUAAAAUAAGUUUAAUUAUGUGGUGAGCGAUGUGGCCCAUGGGUCUCUUGUUAUGAAAUAAUGUGAUUGGAAAAAAAACAUGUGUUCAUGGAUAAUAGAAUCUCAUAUUUUAUUAUUACCAGGUUUGGUAGGAGCACCAUUUAUAAUUUUGGUAAAUAAACGAUUUAAAUGAU